CUACUCAGAGAGUACGAAGCAAGAGAGUACCAAGCAAACAAGCGACCACAACACUUCAUAGCUAAAAGCAAUGAAGCCAUUUUUCCAGCUGCUCGUCGUUCUCGUCGUCACGCUUCGCUCACACGCCGAUCCAAAUUUCAAGAUUCACGCCAAGAAGGCAUCAUCCGACUACCCCAAGCCCGACGCCGCCAUCAUGGAAACGGUGCAAACCUACAUCUCGUGGGGAUCCUCACUCGGUAAGACAAUGCCCGAUUGCCAACGAUUUCAAAACAUCUUCGGGGUCAACAGAAGUUGGGUGAGUCCGUUUGCAGGGAUCGAGUAUUACGCUUACGACAUAGACAAGACAUGCCAGCAGCAAUUGGCAAUGAAUCUGUCCUGGCACGCUGCAAGUCUCCAAGAGGGCCAAUACCUUUAUCCUUUCUACACACCGCGGAACAGCUACAUAUUUUGGAAAGUCGGAUUUGUGUGGAAUGCCGUGGGCGAGUCUAACUCAUUCAGGGAGGUGUUUAAUCGCAAGCAAUAUGAUUUCACUAUUAUUACAACCUUGUGGUUUCAAAUAUAUCCUCCCAACAAUGUGAGCUAUAUCUUUAACGCAGCGGACAUCUUCUGGCCGGACACUGAAGGCAAGCUGCCUACUGUACUGGAAGAGUUGGUGGACAAUUAUGUUUCGUUUCUUGGAGGAGACUGCAAGACGUGGGCGGAGUUAUUCUGGUCGGACGUUGGCAUGGUAACGGUGAGCGGUGACGACACUGAAUACUUUGGUCCAGCUGAGCUGACGGAUUAUUGUAGCAAGAUGGUGUAUAUGUGGAGUUCGUACGUUCACAAUAUUCAUGACAGGAGCUACUCGGCCGACGGCUACUCGAAAACGAUUGAUCACGUCGCGUUCACGUGGACGAGAACGGGACUGUAUCAGGGACGCGUGAAAACGGAUCAGAUCCUCACUGUGUUCGACAUCGUAUAUGACAAGACUCCAACAGCCGACCUAAAGAUUUCUUCUGCAGUAGACUACCUAAUGCCAGCAGAAGAGUAAACAACUUCAAGUUUCCAUGGCACAGACGUUUUGCUACUGCAUCGUCUAUAGACAAAAAUUGUAUAUUGUAGCACUCCAUACCUAAAACAAUUUCUGCUCUUUGCAAAGCAGUUGGUAGGUCUAUAUAUGUGGUCAAUGUUAUUUGGUCUUGUGCACGAAGUCUAAAGCAUGCAAUCUGUCGAGCUUCUAAGUAAACUCAGAUUUCACGAGCCACUGUGUCA